CGUGUAAGUAACGAGAUUAUAAUGAAAACUUCUUUCGCGUUCAACUUGUGAUAGUUGUCUGAUCGGGACUUCAUUUCCCGAAUAAUAAAAUUUGACUAGUUAAGAAUAGUUAUUAUUUAAUUAAAAGUAAUGACUGCCGAAAAGAAGAUCAAGGUGAAAAAACCCAAGGUGAAGAAAACGCCUAUUCAAAGUGUCCAAGUAUUUGGUCGCAAGAAAACUGCUACAGCAGUUGCGUAUUGUAAAAGUGGUACGGGUAAUAUAAGAGUCAAUGGACGUCCAUUAGAAAUGGUGGAACCAAGAGUACUUCAAUACAAGCUUCAGGAACCAAUUUUGUUACUAGGAAAAGAACGAUUCAGUGAAGUUGACAUGAGAGUUCGUGUAAAUGGUGGUGGUCAUGUAGCUCAAAUUUAUGCAAUCAGACAAGCUAUAUCUAAGGCUUUAGUUUCAUAUUAUCAGAAAUAUGUCGAUGAAGCUAGUAAAAAAGAAAUUAAAGAUAUUUUAAUUCAGUAUGAUAGGACUCUUUUGGUUGCUGAUCCUAGACGUUGUGAAGCUAAAAAGUUUGGUGGUCCCGGAGCUCGUGCCAGAUACCAGAAAUCAUACCGUUAAUAUCUUUUUUGUAUGUUUAUAUAUUGACCUAAAUAUAUAAAGUUAAAUAAUAAA